UCCUGAUCAUGUCUUUCACAAAUCUCUACUACAAGCGCGCAGUAGCUACCGCGCGGCCGUGCUACGUCUGCCACAAGCCGACGACGACAGUGCUCGCGACAAUUCAGACGGUGGACUUCAUCUACGUGUGUGAUACGCAUCUGUCGGAUCCCGGCUUCGCGAGUCAGGUGGCCGAUGCGAGCGAUGGCUUGGGGGGCAGCGGUGCGAAGGCGGGCCUUUCUCCGGAGGAGAUCGCUAAGGUGAAGCGGGAGUGGGAGGAACGCCAGAAAAAGAAGCAGGAAAAGGAGAAGGAGAAGGAGAAAGGCACGGAUAAGGACGGUAAGGCUGGACAGGAUACCGACGAAGGAGAGAAGAAAGGGAAGGAAGGAUCGAAGAGCCCUACCAGCGUACCGGGCUCACUCAGUUCUGGCUCAACCACUCCUUCGACGCCGGCCGUCAAGCCUUCUCACCAACGGUAUACACUCCACCGCGACAUAUUCGCAAUGCGCCUCGCCGAACAUCGCAAGCGGAAGCAGGCUGCCCAAGCCCGAGAACUCGCCCCCCGUCUACCAGGAGCUCCAAGAGCGGGCAUUCCAAACAAUUGAAACGACUUUGGCCAUCUAAUAGAUAUCCCUUGUGCUUGAUUUUCGUGCUACCCACG